UUUCUUCUGUAAAUCUUUCUAUUUUUGUUUCUCAUACCUUCAAUGAUACAUAUGGAAUCCGUUCAUGGUCUCAAACAGUCCAAUAAAAAUCAAGGAAUUCUUGUUUCACCUGGUUCUGAUUCGUCUUGGGAAGAUUACGACGAGGUUAGAUCCAAACAUCGUAACGAUCCAGCAGUGAUGAAUAAGCUACGUGAGAAAUUGAAGUCGAAAGCUACAGUUAAACAUGCACCCAAAGAAAUAGACAACAAGAUUGAAGGGGUUACAACACACCCUAAUCUCCCAAAGGGAAUGAAAUACGUCAUCAAGAAGAUCCCGUCCCACCCUUUGAGAUUCGGAACUAUAAGAUUGCUUUUUUAA